AUGAAUAGCAGUCCGACUAUUAACCCCAUCGUUGGAGGGUUCGCUCCAGACCCUUCGCUUAUCCUCGUCGAUGGCACAUACUUCCUCGUCAACUCGACGUUCCAUCUCUUCCCCGGCCUCCCAAUCUAUACAUCGCAGGAUCUCAUCCACUGGCAUCAAAUCGGCAACGCCAUCAACAGGCCUGAACAACUCAACUUCUCCAAGUCCUCUACUUUGAUCCACGACCUUGGCAACAAUGAUCACCUCUACGCUACAGGUGGUCUAUACGCACCAACGAUAAGGUACCACAACGGCACCUUCUACAUUGUCUGCACAAAUGUAGUAAAUCACGGGAAAGACGGCAAAGAGAGCUCCCUGCAGAACUUCAUCAUCUUCACUACAGACAUCCACGCAAGCAAAUGGAGUGACCCCGUUUAUUUCGACUUCUACGGAAUCGAUCCAAGUCUUUUCUUCGACCCUAAUACCGGAAAAGCAUAUCUUUGUGGUUCAAAAUCUCCAGGUCCGGAAACUAGAAUUACACUUUUUGAAAUCGACGUCAAUACAGGCAAGAAGCUAAGCGAGGAAAAGGAACUCUGGCAUGGUACCGGUGGCAUCUAUCCUGAAGGUCCGCAUGUAUAUUUCCAAAACGGGUUCUACUACUUGAUGAUUGCGGAGGGAGGAACACAUGAAGGACAUAGCGUCACAAUGGCGCGGAGCCAUAGUCUUGAAGGCCCGUGGGAGGCAUCACCCAAGAACCCGAUAUUGAGCGCUGCAGGUACCGAAGAGUAUGUGCAGUGUACGGGCCACUGCGAGGCAUUCGAAGACAAAGAAGGGCAAUGGUGGGGUGUUUGUUUGGGGAUCAGGAUGGGCGCUCCCGACCUAUACGGACUUGGACGCGAAACAUUCCUUGUGAAAGGUACAUGGAGUGAUGAUGGCUGGCUCACAUUCGAUCGCGCGAAAAUGCAAAUCGAAAACCUGGCUGUUGUACCGAAUUCGUCAAAAAGACUCACCGCCGCACCUGGAGUUGACUUCCUAUACAUCCACGAUCCUGUGCUAUCUCACUACAAGAUGGCAGAACGGCAAAUUACGCUCACGGCUUCACUGGACGAUUUAACAUCUGCACAUGCAUCGCCGUCGUUUGUUGGUAAACGUCAGCGGCAAUUGAAAGGAAGAAGCAGCGUCACCCUUCUACCUCCCACGCUCAACUCGAAGACAAUUACUGCAGGGUUAGCAGUAUACAAAGACGAACACCGCUUCCUCUCCUUGUCAUACACUACGUGUUCUGACUCGUCCUCUUCCACUGUCAGACUUCACGUCUUAAAUAAAGCAAAGGGUAUCGACAACCACGAGCACGUUGAACUAAAGGAUGCAUUCCAAACUCUGCAACUCGUGAUCGAGUAUUCAGAGAUGGAUUACACGCUAUCAUAUGCCACAGAAAGUAGAGAAUUUAAAGAGAUAGGAAAAGUAUCCACUAUGGACCUUAGUGAUAAAGAUUUCGUAGGACCGAUUAUCGGUGUUUUUGCGGAGGGUGAGGGCCGGGAGAUUGACCUAAGGGAUUUUUCGGUUGACCGCGCAUCAUCGUGGGCCGCGUGA